GUAGGAAUAAACCUUAUCCAGCAAUUUCCAAUUUCAAGGCCACCGAUAACAAAACUACACCACAACCUUCUUCUGUAAUCACAUUUCUCAUCAAAACCAUGCCACCAGCUUCCGUCUCUAUUUCUUCCUCCUCCUCCCCAGAUCCUAAACCUCUUCCCCAAAUUCCCGCCGCCUCCGGUGUUGAUGACGAUAUCCUCCGCCGCGCCCGCCCUUUCCUCCGGGGAGAACUCCAUCAGGUGAACCCCGAUUUACCUUCUCUGGUUUCCGUGCUCCGCUCCGUCGGCGCUGGCGAGUGCUGGCACAAACACGGCAGCUUUCUCGACCACCUCCUCGACAUCUACCGCAUCCUCAAGCUCUGGAAAGCCCCGGAAUCCGUUUGCCUCUGCGGCCUCUUCCACUCCGCUUAUUCCAACUCUUACGUCAACCUCGCCAUCUUCGAUCCCUCCACCGGCCGAGACACCGUCCGUGCCCACGUCGGAGAUGCCGCCGAGAGGCUGAUUCACCUCUUCUGCAUCGUCCCCCGGCAGCCGUUGAUCCACGACGACCUUCUAUUCCACUACACGGAUUCCGAACUCGUCGAACAUCUCCGGUCGUCGGAAGUUUCCUUACGGAAUGCGAAAGAGAAAGGUUCGUUCGACGGGACGGAGGCUUGGAGGAAGAAAAUCCAGGCUCUGGUUCCUGACAAUGGGAUUACAGUGAAGCACAUUAAGACCGGCGAAGACGUCGCCGUUUCGAGGAGAGUUGUUGCGGUUUUUCUGAUGAUGACGAUUGCUGAUUUCAGUGACCAGCUGUUUGGAUUCCAGGACGUGCUGUUCGAGAAUUCCAAUGGGCGGUUAGAAUUCAAUGGAAAUAAUUUCGCCGGAGGACUAUGGCCAGGCGACGGGAAGCCGGGGCUGUGGUUGAACUCGCUGUCCAGAAUGGCUGCUCUUUACAGCCUGAUCCUCAGGGAAGAGGAAAUCUUCUUGGAGGAACGAAAACAGGGCGUCAAAGGAAUUGCUGAUCAUCACUCCGAACCCGAUGGACAUCAAGAAGGAAGAGAGUGCAUACCAUUUAUAAUUGAUCCUUUUUGCUGAAUGUCAAAGAUUAUGGCCAACAUCACAAUUUAUGGUCUACAAAAUUCACAAUGUGAUUGUGAUGUAUGAACACUUAGGGGGUGAGCGAUUAACGAUCACAUGCUGCAGGUAGGGACAGGGAUGAAGAACUGGAGCUGGUGAUACCGCCGGUGUUUGAGAACUGCAGCAGGGUAUUGGAUGCAGAGGAACAGAAGGCAGGGAGAGACUUGUACUGGGAAGCAGUGUGUGAUUCAGAGAGGGUGGGAUUAGAGAAAGCAGAGGAGAUGUUGGUAAGGGCAAUUGAGAAGAUCCCAUAUGUUGGGGAGCCUCAUGUGGUGUUGGCACAGAUAUAUUUGGGGAAAGGCAAGUUUGAAGAGGCUGAGAAAGAGGGUGGGAAGGGGUUGAGGUUGAUACUGGAAUGGGGGAGUCCAUGGGAUAAGAGGAUGUCAUGGGAAGGUUGGGUUGCUUGGGCUCGGGUUUUGGUCAUGAAGUCUAAAGAGCGAUCUUGGCCUCAUACUUCUUGGGGCAUUCUCAAUUUGGGUCUGGUUAGGUAAAUUGUUCAAUAGGGCUUGGGGUUGUGGCCAGCAUUUCUUCGAAUUCAGUAGCAGUAGUAAUAAUCAAAUUAUUAUCAAACUAUUUAAUUUAAAGUUGUUGUUAUGGAGAAAUGCUCGAGUAAUAAUCAAAUUAUUUAAGCAUUUCCUCCUUCCCGAGAAAAGAUGUUUUGGACAUUUACAGUGUUUUUAGUACAAAAGAAUCAAGACAAUUUAUUUUGAGAGAACCAAAGUGAUCUAUUUUGGUUAUGUCAAGUCAGCUUUACCAAUUUUGAUCAAUUUGAGAUUGUUUUUGUCGAGUCAAUUCCAGAAAAAUGGGUG